AUUGCCUGUGUCUGGAGAAGAACGGCGGUGGUGUUUCACCAUGGGACUUUUACUCAGCCGGAUUCAGAGUGCUUUGCAGAGCUUCUAUGGGACGGAGGCUCGUAUUCUCCUGCUGGGCCUGGAUGCAGCUGGCAAAACCACCCUCCUCUAUAAGCUGAAGCUGAACGAAACCAUCACGACCAUUCCCACCAUCGGCUUCAAUGUGGAAAAGAUACAGCAUAUCAACAACGUCUCUUUCAUCAUUUGGGAGGUGUCUGGUCAAGGCCUGAUUAGAGGACUGUGGAGGCAUUACCAUCCCAACUCAGAUGGGCUGGUUUUCAUGGUGGACAGUGCAGAUUGCACUCGCUUUGAGGAGGCCAAGUCCGAGUUGGAAGCCCUGCUGGAGGCCAAGGACUUGCAAGACGUGCCCGUAGUGCUGCUGGCCAACAAGCAAGACUUGCCUGGAGCGUGGCCCCCACUAGAAGUGGCCGAAAAAAUGGGGCUGAGGAAACUGGGAGGGCACCAGUGGCAUGUGCAGGGCUGCUGUGCUGUGAACGGAGAUGGAAUCCCCGAGGCCAUGUGGAAGCUGUCUGAGAUGGUUAAGGUGCAUCGCAAAGCCCAGGGUAAAUAGUCACAACCGCAGAGUAGGCCGCAACUAGACUUAACGGUCAGGGGUCCCUCUACCAUUUUAAAAGACCCCCAUGUUGCAUGGAGGGCACAAGACAUA